CAACGCCAUACCCGUGUUGUUUCUCUCUGCGUCUCAGGCAUUGACUACUGGUCUUCUUGUCUGCUGUCGCUCCAUCGUCCAUCUCAGAGGCCGGGGAAGUGAGGACAUUUGCUGCACGUGGGGAUAGUAGAGGUUCUCGUUCUUCUUCGCCCAUUUUCUGUUGGCGCGCUAAUUGGAACGUUACGCGCUAAGCUAAGGGCCAACACUGACUGCAGUUUUGGUACAUACACAUGGAGAAUCCCAACAUACCUGACUGCACUUCGUGCAAGCUAGUGGGGGCAGGGGGCUGUUUUGCCGGUGCAGCCUAUGCACUCUACGAACGCUCCAGGCUUCCACCUGGUGGCAAAAACAGAGUUUGGCUCUCCGUCAUUGGAGUCGCUGCAGUUGGCCUCGGGAUUGCCAGACUGUUAACUUGAUGUAGAUACUCUUCGUUUUGACUAUGUGUGUGUGUGUGUAUGCCAAAAUUGUAUCAUGGUCUAUUUCAUACGAGCCACUCUGAUACCAGGAAUUUAGCUUGGGGUUUUUUACGUCGACUUCCGUCCGUGCGCGGAGGCGGGCGCGCGCGGAGCCGCGCGGUAUGGGUAUAAAAGGAGCUGCAGACGAGCGGAGUUCAGCAUCAACUGAGCAGAACUACUAACCUAGAGAACAAGGAGCACUCUUCCUUCAACCUAACUCAGCAAUCGGAAAUGUCUUCUGCAACACUGCUACUCUCCAGCGGCCUAUUGCUGCUGGCGCUGCUGCACUGCGGCGUGCACUCCCUCUCGGAGGGCCAACGCUGCAAUAUACACGUCCCUGACCAGUGCGACUCCGGGCUCGCUUGCGUGGAAUACGGCGCCGACGCCUACUGUCAAACUACAGACCGUGAUCCCUGCAACACAGAGGAAUGCCCCGAGGUGUGGUGCAGACCCAACCUCCAGUACACUCCCGAAGGCCAGUGCUGCCCGAUAACGGUCGUCGACCCGGCCCCGCUCAGCACCAAGUGCGUCGUGGAUGGUCAGGAGCACCAUGAUGGGGUGAGGUGGAGGCCAGUCAACUCAGGGCCAUGUGAAAAGGCCUACUGCGAUCAGGGAGAAGUUCUACGCUAUUCUCACCAGUGCGACGUCCCCCAGUGCACCGACCCUGUCUACGACCCAGACGUCUGCUGCCCAAUUUGCCCUGGUGUUGAUGCUUCAGAGACUGUUGUGGAGGAACCUGCGGCCACUGCACCGGCACCUACCUCAGAGUGCGAGCUGCAGAACGGCGUGAUCCUGCAGGACGGGGAGUCGCACUGCCCGGCGCCAAACGUGACAGCAUACUGCAAUGCCGGAGUGGUGGAGAUCUCCCACCACUGUCCCCCUCUGAACUGCGAGAAUGUCAUCAGGGGAGAGAGCGACUGUGACUGUCCCAUGUGUGUCGGUACGUUGGCUGAAUCUCUCUUAACUCCUUGCUACACAACACACACUACACGUAAUGCAGCACACACCUCUUACUUUUUACACUGUGCUCUCACCUUUUACAUUGCGCUCUCCUUCACCACUAUAGAAGAUGCGCGCCACUUUAAGGUCGGCGGCCGACUGCACAUGGACCUACUCCAGUUCGCCAGGAGUGCUACUGUAACCGACAGCAUGCUCAAAAGGCUUGCCAGAGACUCUGGCCUCUUUCCCCAGCACAAUGACUUUGACUUCUGCGAUGGAAUGAUAUGCCUCAAGAUGAACGUGCUGUCUACCGACAUGAAUGCCACAGAGGCAGACGUGGUGGCGGCAGUCAAGAAGGAACUGGAGAGUAAGCCGCAUCCAGGGCUGGAGAUUGGCUAUGUCGGAGAUUUCUUCUCAACUGAGAAGAGAUCUGCACGUUCGGCCGCGGAUGCUCCUGAAUCCAGCAAACUCUCUCUCUCCUCCUCCUUCUCUUCGUCUUCUGACCGACACAACUCUGUAGUGCCUACGGCAGUCGCAGUCUCUGCUGCUGUGCUGGGAUUUGUUGGGGCGGUGGUCGGUGUGGCACUGUUGGCAAGCUUUGUCCGCAGAAGGAACACUAUCAGAAGCACCAUCACUGUCUAGUCUCCCCUCACUCUGCCUUCCUCUCUCAUUCAAGACCAGAUGUGUACCUCACACAUUCAUCUUCAUAUGUCUCUUAUAGAUCUUGUAUGCUCCAUUUCAUCACUCAUGCAUAUUCACACUCUUGUCUGUCCUUUUUUCUGUUAUUAUACUAAUGGAAGUAUGAUAUAUCUUCAAACCA